AUGGACGCGGAAAGAUUAAGAAACUUCAAAGAGCUCCAAGCUAAAUUUCAAAAGCUUGAUGUACCAUCCCUUCCAGGACCUAUUAAAUCCCGAGCAGAUGUUUCUCCAAAGGGUGACCUUGGAAGCACACAGUCAACCAGGAUUUGGGCCAAUGGGAAACCCCUCACAUCCAACCACAAUCAGCCCCCACCAUAUUGUUCCAAUGGUGAACCCCAGUCUCUUGAACCCCAGAAAAUGAAGUUGGCACCAAGGAGUGAUAUUCAGAAAUGUUCUAAUUCCCUAGGACCUCCAAGAAGGUCUACUCAUUCUGCAGAAAAUUCACAGAAGGCUUCUCUGCCUUUAGAUGUGAAUUGGUCAAAUGCUAAAGUAGCUGGUAAGAAGAAAGAGGUGGCCAGUACCUUCAGAGACAAGCUCCGGAACUGGGAGAAGUUUUCAUCUCAGAAAAGUCUCAUGUCAUCAGCCCCUUGCCUUGCCGAUUGUGGAAGUGGGGCUCUCCAUCCAGAAGAUCAGAAAACCAUGGGGCUCACUACUCCAGAGGAGCCCAGGACAAAGCUGGAAAUAAAAGGCUCCCAGACUCUUCCUUCCCAGAGGCACUUGAUAGCCCAACGAAAAUCAUAUGUCACCUCAGAAGAUUCCACAUUUCUACUUUCUGGACGUGGAAGGAAGAGCCUAGAAAAGGGCAGUCCUGAGAGGAGCCCAAUGGGGAGCACCUGCCAGCCUAUCUAUGAGACUGAGCUUGCCAGACAGGCCCCAGAAAAAGAGCCAGAUGUCAAGCAUCACCAGCUUCCCAAAACGAAACCACUGCCUUCUGUAGAGUUCCUGGGUCCUCCUCCCGUGAAGCCCCCGAAGCCUCCAGGAGUGAGCCUCCAGGCCUUCCUGAGGCAGACAGCUGCAGUGCCCAAAACCCCCGGGGAAGCAGCUGUGAAGGAGGGCUACCUGCCUCCAGAGAAUGAUGAAUUUGAAGAACCACAUAAUUAUGAGGCAACAAUUUCAUAUCUGAGAUACUCUGGCAACUCCAUUAACCUGUGCACCGCAAAAGAAAUUGCUGGUUCAACUUAUGAAGUUGGAAUUGAAGAACGCCAAAAGCCUUGGAAGAGUUUUCUCCACCAAGAACAUAGACCUCAAUGUGAAGAUCAAGAUAAAAAAAUAAAGGAAAAAGAGCCACAUGAAGUGGAACCUCAGAAAACAGAAAAGGAUCUAUUUCCAGACCUAAUUUGCAAGGUGGGUUCCUAUGAAGAGACACCUGGAAAAGUCCCAGUGAUGAAAAUUCAGAGACAUAUGAAGAGCCCGCUGGCCAGAGAGCAGGAUGCUGUGAUUGACAGCAUCCAGAGAAAGGCCUACCCUCAAGACACAAAGCUGGCCAGGCACUCCCAAGGCCAAUGUGGGUAUGUGGAGGCCUUAGGGUUGACAAAAGAAGCACCCAGUCAAGGGGCCUUUUGGCAACAUUCCAUCUCAGAAGAGACCUACGAUGAUGUUGACUACCCUGGGAGAAAAGAAUCAAAGUCAGACUUCUCCAACUCAUUUGCCUCAGAUAGUGAAGAAAAUAGUAACGAAACGUAUGAAGAUGUAUACAAAACAAAGAGCAACUCCACAAAGAACGAUUUAGAUGGCAAAGCUCUUAAGAGACUACAGAGAUUCUUCAAGAAAGAAAAGGAUAGAUUUAAGAUGAAGACAACCAAGUUGAAAGAAAAUGUAAGUGAGCUUUCCAUUUCGCUGCCGGAUUUAGAACUUAGGUCCCAGGAAGUUAUUAUUCAUCCUGAUGUGAACAUCAAUGAAAAAGAGUCAAAGGAUGAAGAUAAAGUAAAAUCUUGGAAGCCCAAGUUAUUUAAACCAAAGGGGAAAAAAGAGAAGACAGAUGCUCAAGGAUCAGAAAGUUUAUCGCCUAGGAAUUUCUUCAGAACCAAGAAGCAAAACUUAGAAAAGAGAAUGGAAAGAGAAAAACUUUUUAGAGAAAGAUUUGAGUAUGAUAAAGAGAUUACUGUCAUCAACACAGCAGUGGCAUGUUCCAGGAAUUCAAGAAAUGGGAUCUUUGAUUUGCCAAUAGCCCCUGGAGAAGAACUGGACGUCAUUGAUGUCACUGAAGAAAAUCUAGUGAUAUGCCGAAAUUCUAAAGGCAAAUAUGGAUAUGUGCUCAUUGAACAUCUACAUUUCAAGCCUCAAGGUUGUUCACCUUAG